CCGGCGGAUGGCUGCUCCUGGGGGGCCCCUGGUGGUGAGCGAGGUCUUCGCCAGCUGCUGCUGGCUAGUUCCUGCUCGCUGCAAAGCAGAGGCGCUGCGGAAGCGCAGCCGAGUCGGCUCCAUGGCCUUUAUUCGGAAGAGGCAGCAGGAACAGCAGCUCUACCCCAAAGAGAGGUUUUCCUUGUUGCUUCUUAAUCUGGAAGAAUACUUCUUUGAGCAGCAUACUGUUAAUUGCAUUUGUAACAAGGCUGGCAGAGAAAAAAGGAAAAUCAGAGGAUCAUUAAAAAUCUGCUCAAAAUCAGUGAUAUUUGAACCUGAUGAAAUAAACCACCCUGUUAUUAAGAUCCUAUUGAGAGACUGCAUUAAAAUAGAAGCCCCAGAAGAUGAAGGAGGUAACCCUGGACAGAUUGCUCUUUUAUCCAGUCAGGCUUUUCUCAUUAAGGAGCAAAACAUCAUUGCACCCUUCAAAACAGAAAGAGGUCAAAAUGAAUACAUAUUUCAGCUGGAUGUUGCUGAGAAGGUUGAAGAUGUUGUUCAUACCAUUCACCAGUUGUACAGGGCAUCUCACCUGGACAAGCUGGGAGACCAGGCUGCUAUGAUAACUGCUAUAUUGCAAUCGCGUUUGGCCAGGACAACAUUUGAUAAGAACAGAUUUCAGAAUGUUUCAGAAAUACUGCAUAUGGAAUGUAAAGCUGAAAUGGUUACUCCUUUGGUGACGAAUCCAGGACAUGUGUGCAUCACUGAUACAAACUUGUAUUUCCAACCUCUUAAUGGAUAUCCUAAGCCUGUGGUUCAAGUAAUGCUUCAUAGUGUCAAGCGCAUCUAUAAAAGAAGACAUGGCUUAUUGCCCUUGGGUCUAGAAGUAUUUUGCACUGAGAAUGAUCUCUGUUCGGAUAUCUAUUUGAAGUUCUACGACACCCAGGACCGUGAUAAUAUCUAUUUCUACGUGGCAACAUAUUUAGAGAAUCAUCUUGCGGAGCACACACCAGAAAGUUACAUGUUGCAGUGGCAACGAGGGCAUAUUUCAAAUUACCAGUACCUCCUUCAUCUCAACAAUCUGGCUGAUCGCAGCUGCAACGACCUAUCCCAGUAUCCUGUAUUUCCGUGGAUUAUAGCUGAUUAUUCUAGUUCAGAACUGGACUUGACAAAGCCUGAAACAUUUCGUGAUCUCAGUAAGCCAGUGGGAGCCUUAAAUAAAGAAAGGCUGGAGAGAUUAUUGGCACGAUAUCAGGAAAUGCCAGCACCAAAGUUUAUGUAUGGCAGCCACUACUCCUCCCCGGGUUAUGUUCUGUUCUAUCUUGUCAGAGUUGCACCUGAGUACAUGCUUUGUUUACAAAAUGGCAAAUUUGAUCAUCCAGACAGAAUGUUCAAUAGCGUUGCAGAAACUUGGAAGAAUUGUUUAGAUGGAGCAACAGACUUCAAAGAACUAAUUCCUGAAUUCUAUGGAACAGAUUCAAGUUUCUUGCUGAAUAAUCUGAAACUGGACUUGGGGAAGACACAAGGAGGAAAGAUGGUCAACGAUGUAGAACUACCCCCUUGGGCAUCAGGUGCUGAUGAUUUCCUUCAGAAUUGCCAAGAUGCUUUAGAAAGCCAGUAUGUGUCGGAACAUCUCCAUGAAUGGAUUGACUUAGUGUUUGGCUAUAAACAGAAGGGGACUGAAGCCAUUGACACUCAUAAUGUUUUUCAUCCAUUGACCUAUGAAGGAGGAGUAGAUUUGAACAGAAUUAUGGACCCAAAUGACAGAGUAGCUCUGCUAACACAAAUCUUGGAGUUCGGGCAGACUCCAAAACAGUUGUUUACAACCCCUCAUCCUCAAAGGAUCAUGAUAAAGGUCAAAAGUUUAUCUCGAACAUCUAGCCGCAAUCGUUCUGUGGCUGAAUCUCCAGUCUCUCUAGGUGAAGAAUCUUUUGAAGAUCUGACAGAAGAAAGCCUUCUGCUUGCUUGGAACAACAUGAGCAGAUUAAAAUUAGAUGGGCAGUACAAGAUUCACAAAGGGACAAUCACUGGAAUUGCUGUGCCUUCCAGUUUCAACCAGUCUUCUAUAUUUACAACUUCUCAAGAUUCAACAUUGAAGAUGUUUUCUGCAGAAUCAAAAAUGCUUCAGAGAAGUGUGUCCUUCUCAAAUAUGGCCUUGUCAUCCUGUUUAAUUCUACCGGGUGAUACUACUGUGGUAUGUUCUUCAUGGGACAACAAUGUCUAUUUCUAUUCAAUAGCCUUUGGAAGACAGCAGGACACCUUAAUGGGCCAUGAUGAUGCUGUCAGCAAGAUCUGUUGGCACAAUGACCGUUUAUAUUCUGCAUCUUGGGAUUCAACUGUAAAAGUGUGGCAUUGUGUUCCUGCUGAGUUGCUGGGCACUAGGAAACGAUUUCAAUUGCUUGCUGAACUGGAACAUGAUGUCAGUGUAAAUACAAUCAACAUGAAUGAUGCAUAUACUCUACUAGCAUCAGGAACAAAAGAAGGAACUAUUAGUAUCUGGGAUGUUGCUACUGCCUCUAUGUUGCAUCAACUCCCAUGCCAUUCAGGAACUGUCUCUGAGGCUGCUUUUAGUCCUGAUAGCCGGCAUCUCCUAAGCAUAGGAGAAGAUGGUUACUUUAAAGUGACAGAUGUGCAAACAGGAAUGAUUAUCUCUUCUAUGGCCUCAGAACAGCCUCAAAGAUGCUUCAAGUGGGAUGGAAAUACUGUCUUAUCAGGAAGCCAUUCAGGAGAAUUGCUUGUUUGGGAUAUAGUUGGAGGAAAGAUAGUAGAAAGAUUCUCAGGACAUACAGGUGCUGUGACUUGUAUGUGGAUGAAUGAGCAUUGUAGCUCUAUAAUCACUGGAGGGGAAGACAGACAAAUCAUGUUCUGGAAACAGCAGUACUAAGUGCCUUCCCCCUCAAACAUAUCAAUAUUCAAAAUAUUUUAAACCAAACUUUUAAAAGGACUUUAUGCACAUGUAAAGAUGCCUGCUGCUGCUCAGACAAGGAGCUUUGAUUGUCUCUAGCUGAAAGCUCAGAUGUUACAAUGUCAAACCACAGUAUGCACUUACUUGUUUAUGGAUGUAAUUUCAUCUUGGAAUGUUUGCCCAAAUACUUAACUGAAAAUAAAAGACCUUAUUUUUCUGUAAUCAAUGAUAUUCUAACUUGUGACCAUGAUAGUAAUGAACAGUUAGUCAAAAUGGACUAUCUUUUUUCCCCUGAAUUUAGUUUAUUCAUUAAAGACAUCUCAAAGUCUUCCUAUUCUAUUA